UGCAAACCUCCACCUCUUGGCCACAAAGAAGUUCUCUUCCGUCGUUCGCUUCUGGGCUCCGACAGAAAAGGGCGGAGAAUCUAGCUCCAGGAAUUCCGCGGAACCAUCGAUUGCGUCAAAUUACUUGUAUAUUCCUGCAGAGGUCAAAAUGGUUGAUCAGGUUCAGCACCCGACGGUCAUGCAGAAGGCUGCCUGCCAGUUUCUGAGGUCGAGCAUUUCUCAGGACAUUAAUGACGGGGCUUUCCAGAGGCCAUCUAGAUGUGCUGCAUAUGGAAACUACUCCAAUGCUGCGAUCCAAUACCCUCUUGUCCCCACAAGUCGGGUGGCAUCCACUGCUUCCCCGGUGUCUGCUGCAGCUCCGUCGGAGAAAGGGUUCACCAGCUUUGCUAUCGAUUUCCUGAUGGGCGGUGUUUCUGCUGCUGUGUCCAAAACUGCUGCUGCGCCCAUUGAACGUGUCAAGCUUUUGAUCCAGAACCAGGAUGAGAUGAUCAAGGCUGGCCGGCUCUCUGAACCCUACAAGGGUAUCGGUGACUGUUUCAAGAGGACAAUCCAGGAAGAGAGUUUUGGCUCAUUGUGGAGAGGAAACACUGCCAAUGUCAUCCGUUACUUCCCCACUCAGGCCUUGAACUUUGCCUUCAAAGAUUACUUCAAGAGGCUCUUCAACUUCAAGAAAGACAAGGAUGGCUACUGGAAGUGGUUCGCUGGUAACUUGGCAUCUGGAGGUGCUGCCGGUGCCUCGUCUCUUCUCUUUGUGUACUCCCUUGACUAUGCUCGUACCCGUCUUGCCAACGAUGCCAAGGCUGCCAAGAAGGGAGGCGAGAGACAAUUCAAUGGUCUUGUCGAUGUAUACAAGAAAACCCUCAAAUCUGACGGUAUCGCUGGACUUUACCGUGGGUUUAACAUCUCCUGUGUCGGUAUCAUCGUCUACCGAGGUCUCUACUUUGGUCUUUACGACUCUGUGAAGCCUGUUCUCCUCACCGGCGACCUGCAGGAUAGUUUCUUCGCCAGUUUCGCCCUUGGGUGGCUCAUCACAAACGGUGCGGGCCUCGCAUCCUACCCGAUCGACACAGUCCGGAGAAGAAUGAUGAUGACGUCGGGAGAGGCUGUGAAGUACAAGAGCUCACUCGACGCCUUCUCGCAGAUCCUUAAGAACGAGGGAGCGAAGUCGCUGUUCAAAGGUGCCGGAGCCAACAUUCUCCGAGCCAUAGCCGGUGCCGGAGUUCUCGCCGGUUACGACAAGUUGCAGCUCAUCGUCUUCGGCAAGAAGUACGGCUCCGGAGGUGCCUAAGUGCGUUGAUUGAUUCUCGAGGGGUUUUGCAGUUUUUUUUCCCUGAGUCAAGAUGGUGAUGAAAUCUUGUUUUUUUUGGUCCUUAAACUAGGAGAGGCGAAAAUAUUUCGUAACGGAAUAAAUUUAUUCUGUGUCAAGGGAGCAGUUUGUGUAAACGCUCCUUGGAACCGUUAUUAAAAAAAAGUUUUGGAAGCGGAGUUAUUUGAUUGAGGAUAUGAUUUUUUUU